CGUACAACAGUCAUGAUAGACAAGGAUAAUUUUGCGUACGUAAUGAAAUAAUUUCGCGAUUAUUAUGUAAUGAGCAGCAGUAUAAAAAUUAUAACGUGAUAUUAUUCGUUUGAAAGAUCAUGUUGUCUUUAAAUCGGCUGUGUACCAAAUCGGGAGCUUAUUUUUCGCACGUGUCAUCCGCAGAGUUGAUCUUGUCCAAGAGGUUCGUGCAUCAAUUUAAUCCUAAGCAAACUGCAAAGAAACUGUAUGAAACGUUAGGAGUUGCAGAGAAUUGCGAGGACGAGACCCUAAGAUUGGCGUUUGUUCAUCUUGCAAAACGAUUUCAUCCAGAUAGUGGAGCACCAGAAGCCGAUGCUAUUAGAUUUUCCGAGAUUGAAAGUGCCUAUAGAGAGAUUCGGAGAAUCAGGAAUGCUCAGAAAGAUGAAGAGGCAUCAUUGGAAGUGGAAGAAUUUGAUAUUAAGCACACAGCGCCACAGCAUCGUCAUUACUUGACUUUCAAUGUGGGAAUUGGCACGCCAAGCAAAAGGCAAAGGCUACACACAAUAGAAAGAGCCCAAAAGGCAGCUGACAACGUAAUGGAGCACAGAUUGAAGAAACUGCAGGCUGAAGAGCGUAAUACGUUAAUCGGCAUGGAUAAACAAAAAGCUAAAGAUAUUAAAACCCGUUAUGGCAUGGAUCGUUUGGUGGAAGAUUUGAUUCAGGAGGCAAUGAACAAGGGUGAAUUCAGCGAUUUACCUGGAAUGGGAAAGCCAUUGAAGGCUACAAACGCUAGAAAUCCAUACGUUGAUUUUGUGACCCAUAAAUUAAAUCAGAUACUGAUAGACAAUGGCUUUACUCCAGAAUGGAUACAAUUGUCAAAGGAAAUCAGAGAAGAAACUGAGGAAUUGAAAAAGAAGUUGUUAGAAGCACGUAAUGAUGUCAGCGAGCUCCCAUUAACUCCAAAAGAUGAAUUAAUAUGGAAUGAUAAGUUGGAAAAAUUCAAGACUACAACAAGGCAGAUAAAUAAUAAAAUUGAUAAAUACAACUUGCUAGUUCCUAUACUCCAAAAACAAAUGCUCCAUGUUAGAUUGGAUAAGCUCGCCGAAAAAGCGUUAUCGAUACCACCUUCUAAAAAUAUCAAAAAAUAUGCAGAUACUAGUCAUGAAAACUCGAAAGCGAGUACAUCUCAGGACUUAUUUAAUCUCAUAAGCGACUUGUUUAGGAAAAAAAUUACUUAGAUAAGCAGAAAAGUUGUGAUAUUGUAAACUU